AUGGUUGAGAAUAAACAACUACUGCUGAAUUCACAAGAUCAACAAUCUCCAAUGAAUAAUCAAAUUAUAAAUAAAUCUAUAACCACCAAUAAUACCAAAUCAACUAAGAAACGAAAAGCUAAAUCAAAAAAUAAAUCACAAACAUUUAAUAAAAAACCCGAUUCUAUUUCAAUUGAACAGCCAAUUAAAAAUAUUGAAAAUUCAAAUGUACCAAAUGUACCACAACCAAUUACCCCACCAUUAGAUUCAUCAUCUGAAUUUCAUAAAUAUAAAUCACCAAGAAAAGAAGCUAUAUUGAGGUAUAAACAAACUAAUGGUGAACAACAACAACCAAAUUUACGAAAUCAAUUAAAAUCAAAAACUGAAGAAUCAACUCUUACGACAAAUAAUAAUAAUAAUAAUAAUAAUAGUAAUAAUAAUAGUAAUAAUAAUAAUAGUAAUAGUAAUAGUAAUAAUAAUAUGCCUGAAAUAUCCUUAAAUAUGGAUGAAAAAGUUACAUUGUUCAAAUAUAAAUCACUGAAAAUAUUAAAAUUGUCAAAUUCAAAUAAUUCAACUGGUUCAUUAUUAGCCCACGGUGAAUUUGAAAUUUUUCAAUUACAUAAAGGUGAUGUUACUUAUUUAUCAUGUGGUUCACAAUUUAUAUAUCCAUUAUUACCAAAAAUUAAAAUAUUUAGAAUUAAUUUUAAUCAAUUUUUAUUACCGUUAGUUAAUCCAGAACGAUAUUGGAAAAUUUUUAUAAAUUCUGAAGAACAAAAUGUUUUAAAUAAUUUACAAUUUACAUUGGAAAGAAAUGUACAAUAUUUAAAUUUACAAGAAGAAACUAAUAUAAAUUUAAAACCAAAAGAAUUGGAAGAAGAAUUGCUGCCUAAAAAUUUCUUAUCAACUGAAAUACCCGAUUCUCCACCAUCAGCUCCAAUUUCACCACAUCAUAAUAAUUUAGAUCCAAUAAUAGCUCCAAUUUUACAACCAUUACCACCACCACAAUAUAAAUUGAAUAAAAAAUCAUCAUUACAAUCAAUAUCUACAAAUUUAGCAUGUCUUGAAUUAAAUCAUCUUCUUCAUCCAAAACCAAAACGUUCAAAUCCAUAUCAAACACAUAAUAAAUAUAUAACUCCAAUUGAUGAAAGAUCAGACUCAUCAAUGGAUUCAUUAUUGGAUGAAUUUGAAGAAAAUAUAAAUAAACUGGUUAAAUAUCAUUCAAGACCUGUAUCAAGAGUUCAGUCUAUAAAAUCUGUUUCAAAUCACAUACCAAAUUAUUCAAGAGGUUAUUAUUUUCAUCAUAAAAUAGAUAAAGACGAAGAAGAAGAAAAAUUUAGAAGUAGAAGAUCAUCAAGAAGUGAAUUAUAUACAAAUGAAUCAGGAUGGAUGGAACCAAAUAUAAAACAACAACAUCAACAUCAACAUCAACAUCAACAAUAUCAUCAUCCAAAUUAUAUUAGAAAUGGUCUGACUUCAAGAAUACCUAAAUCAAGAUCAAAUUAUAGUAUAAAUUCAACUCAAUCAUUUGAUUUAAAUAAUAUUUAUAAAUCAAUAAUUAGAAAUAAUCAUGAACCUGAUUCAAAAUCAAUUAAAUCUAUGUCUCGAUUACCUACUAUAUCAGCAAAUGUUCAAUCUGAUGUUACUAGGAAAAGAGAAAGUAUAUAUAAACCAAAAUCAGAAGAAGUUAAAUUAAAUUCGAAUGAAAUUUAUAAUUUAUUAAGUUCAAAACCUAAAUCUACACCACCACCAAUUAAACGAAGUCCAAGUUUUACUCAAAGAUUAUUUGGCUGGUGA